AUGCCAUAAACAAGAAUGAAUGGUAUGAAGAUGUAAAAAUUGCGGAAAAAACUGUAAAUGUUCAGCUCGAUACAGGUGCAAGGUGUAAUGUAAUUUCCAUCAAAGAUCUUCAACGUCUUGGAAUCAACACAAAUAUAAAGAAACCAGAAGCAAGCUCAAGUCAUACUCUGGUCAUGUCAUCACCACGAAAGGAGUAACUAUUUUACCAUGUGAGUACAAAAGAAAAACAUACGGAGUAAAGUUCCAUGUUGUUGAUAUUCCAGCACCACCAGUAUUCAGUGCCAACACGUGCAAAGAAAUGGGUCUAGUAGAAAGAGUACAUGCAGUGGAGACCUAGAAGUCACAAGAUCAUCACAAUGCAGAUCCCUUCUCGCCACCAAAAUUCAACCCAACCCAACAACAUGAAUUAUUGAAAGGAUACAAUGAGUUGUUUACUGGUUUUGGAUGUUUGCCUGGUGAACAUACCAUUGAAAUUGAUCGUUCAUAUACCCCUGCUGUCCACCCACCAAGGAGAGUCCCGUUAGCCUAGAAAGAGCAGAUCAAAGCUGAAUUACAGAGGAUGGAAGAUGCUGGUGUUAUCGUCAAGCAACCAGAACCCACAGAUUGGGUCAACAGCAUGGUUACAGUAAUAAAAUCCGAGUGUGCAUUGAUCCAAGAGAUCUAAAACGAGCAAUAAAAAGAGAACAUUAUCCAAUGAAAACGAUUGAAGAAGUUGUAGCUAGAAUGCCAGAAGCAAAAGUAUUCUCCGUGUUAGACGCCACCUCAGGAUAUUGGAAAAUGAAAUUGAAUGAAGAGAGUUCCAAACUAUGCACUUUCAACACACCGUUUGGAAGAUACCGCUUCACACGACUACCAUUUGGAAUUAAAUCCGCCCCAGAGGUUUUCAAAAAGGAAAUGUCACAGGUGUUGGAAGAUAUUGAUGGUGCUGAAGCAAUAGUAGAUGACAUCUUGGUAUGGGGAAAAGAUAUCCCGGAACAUGAUGCAAGGUUGAAGAAAAUCCUCGACCGAGUCCAAGAAGUCAACCUAAAGCUAAACCAGAAGAAGUGCCAAAUCAGAAAAGAAGAAAUUGCGUAUGUUGGUCAUCUUUUAACCAAGGACGAUCUCAAGCCAGAUCCCGAGAAAAUAAGAGCUGUACAAGCCAUGGCCAAACCAUCCAACGCGAGAGAGUUAAAAUAAUUUCUUGGGUUUAUCCAAUAUUUCGCAAGGUUUUUACCCAAUAUGGCCGAAGUCAGUGCACCACUUCGAAAGUUGUUGGAAAGGAACACAGCAUGGCAUUUGGAAAAGCAACAAGAAGAUAGUUUUCAACAACUGAAGAGAAUGGCAACCAGUUCCCCAGUGCUAAGUUAUUAUGAUCCCAAGAAACCUGUUACCUUAUCUGUAGAUGCCAGUUCGAAAGGACUUGGAGCAGUGCUUUAUCAAGAAGAAAAAACAAUUGCAUAUGCCUCCAGAGCGUUAACACCAACACAGCAAAAAUAUGCCCAAAUCGAGAAAGAGACUUUGGCUAUUGUAUUUGGAACAAUCAAGUUUCACCAGUUCCUGUUUAGAAAAGAAGUACUUGUCACAUCAGACCACAAACCACUGGAAUAUAUAUUCAAUAAGCCUCUGCACCAAGCACCACUUCGUCUACAGAAGAUGCUGUUAGCCCUGCAAAGAUAUGAGUUAAAAAUUGUCUACAAGCCUGGCAAAGAGUUGUUCAUUGCUGAUUCCCUAAGCAGAAAUUACCUAGAUGAGACGAAAGAAACACUGGUACAAGAACUCGAAGUAAUCGAAGUCCACCUUACAGCCAACUUACCAGUAUCACCUGAGGGGUACCAAGAAUUCCAGAAAGCCACUGCUGAUGAUGUUGUAAUGCAAGCAGUAUAAGAUGCAGUUCUCGAGGGAUGGCCAAAGAACAAAGCUAAUGCACAAAUAGAGAUCAAGCCGUACUGGACAUGUAAAGAUGAAAUUUCCUGUGUUGAUGGCCUCCUCUUCAAGGGAAACAAAUUAAUUGUUCCGAAGUCCUUUCGACCACAGAUGCUAGACAUCAUACAUAGAUAACAUCAAGGGAUCGUGAAAUGCAAACAACGUGCAAGAGACCUCCUCUACUGGCCCGUCUGGCCGGGAGUGACAAGCCAAAUCGAGGAUAAAGUGUCCAAGUGUCAAGUUUGUUGUCAAUACCAGAAAGCCCAAGCAAGAGAGCCCAUGAUAACUAGCAAGAUCCCUGACCGCCCCUGGGCGAAAAUUGGUGUGGAUCUAUUUGAACAUAACAAGACACAUUACCUAUUAAGUGUUGACUACCACUCGAAGUGGAUUGAAAUUGGCAAAAUGCAUAACCAAAGCAGCAAGAACACCAUCACUUACCUCCAAAGUCAGUUUUCCAGAUAUGGUAUACCAGAUCAGUUAGUGAGUGAUAAUGGUCCCCAAUUCAUAAGCGCAGAAUUCGCAGAGUUUUCUAAGAAAUAUGGGUUCACUCACAUCACAUCAAGUCCUCAUUACCAGCAAGCAAACGGCGAGGCAGAGAGAGCCGUGCAGGCCGUGAAGGGUCUUCUCACCAAAGCCAAAGAUCCAUACAAGGCAUUGAUGAACUAUCGAAACACCCCAUUGGAAGAAAUAAACCAGUCUCCAGCACAAAUAAUGAUGGGUCGCAGACUAAAAACCAGUCUCGCAACAACAGCGCCACUUCUGAAAUCACGAGCAUCCGAUGAAGUUCAGCGAGUUCUGAAGAAACAGAAGGAGAAACAAAAGGAAUACUAUGACAAGCACGCAGGAAAAGAAUUACCACCACUUCCACCAGGAGAGACAGUACAAAUGAAACAUGGAGAGAAAUGGAUUAAAGCGAAAGUUCUACAAAGCACCAGUCACCAAGAUCAUAUGUCAUUGAAAAUGAACAAAGACAAAAGUAUCGAAGAAGCCGCCGUCACCUGCGUUCCAGUAAACUAUCAGAGAAAAAAACAGAAGAGUGAUGUUAAACAUUCAAACACCAAAGAGCCAAGCGUGAGCAGUGACAAAGCAAGAGCCACAGCCAAGAAUGCAUUUGGACAGUCCAGCCAUGGUAUCAUCGACUCGCAACACAAUCCUGUGAUAACAAAGAUCUGGACGUGCAA